CUUAUAGUUGUAAUUUCUUUGCUAGAGUGCACACCAUAUUGUCUGUUAUAGAGCUACAUGGAAUGCGCUCCCAUAUAUCAACCCUAUCUUGCCUUAUCUAAAAAAAGGUAAGGUUGGAUUCGAUCAGGCACUUUGCCGCAUAAAGAUCAACGGUCAACUCAUCCCAGCAUUGGCGGAGAGGUGGCAAUCAGAGGCACACAACAUCAACUUUUGUGAAGGAGAGUGCAUCAUCACAUUGAAGGACAUCGCCAUCCUAACUCGAUAGCGAUGUGGUGUGUGUGAUGAUCAUCCACCAACUUCACAAGUCGAUGGUCUGAAUGGUUGGAAAUGUUUGCUACAGAGUGCUCUGGGCUUGUUCGUGCCAAACAAGCUGAAGGUGGCGUUGCGGAUGAUGGGAAACCACCACUAUGGAAGAACCUAGUAUCAAUCACUUGGUUGGUAGUUGCGAUCAAGAAGAACGACAACCCUAAUGAUGAUGGCAUCUCCCUCAGUGAGGAAAGUGAUGAGAGGGACAAGAAAAUUUAUGCGUGUGAUUACCACAUCAGCAAGAUCGGAGGAGUGUUCUUCCCAAAAAAAUCCAACAACUUAAUUAGCAAUGCAUGGUUGAAGAUCCUCCUUGGUCCUAGGGAGGAUAUGGGGAACCUGAGCUUGGCAUCCGCUUGCCUAGCUCGUAUCUAAAAUUCUCUGUGUAAUACAACUCCGAAAGAGUUGAAGAAGAUUGGAGGGGCGAUGUUCAUCAUCCAAUUUUAGGAUUGGGAGCAUUUGGCUCGGUUAAGGCCCUACGAGUCCACCUCCUUCUUGGUACUAAUGGUAGGAAUGAUAAUCAUGGUAACCUUGGUAGGGAUGAUCUUCAUAUACUCCACCCCUACUGUGGAUACCAGACAUUUGGCAAUCAAUAGAAUGACCUCCACCGCCUUCAACCUCCUCGAUGUAAACAAACAUCUCUGCUUUGGAAAUGUUAUUAAGAUUAAAAAAUUCUAGCAUGUCAUCAACUACCUCCUGAGUGGUUAUGAGCAAUUCCUCAUGCCACAUUGCCACAAUGACCCACCUUCUCUGUUUAGAUACCGAUACACCAUACGACCAACUCUCCUCGUGUCAUCCAUGCAAGUAACCGUAUAACACAUUUAACAGAGCUCUUCAAGGUUUGGUCUCGUAGGGCCUUCACUUUCUGAAAAUCACCACCGACGUAAAGUACCAUCUUUCCAGUCUCUUUCAUGUAACCAUUCGACCGUAACCCAAGUGUGAACUUUAAGAAUGACAUCUCCAUUAAAAUCGUAAUUGAAUU